AUGGCUGGACAGAGCGAUCUUGAUCGACAGAUUGAACAACUUCGCGAAUGCAAGCUUAUCACUGAAGACGAAGUUAAGGCUUUAUGCGCUAAAGCUAGGGAGAUUCUUAUAGAGGAGAGUAACGUUCAAUAUAUCCACGGUCAAUUCUACGACCUUAUUGAAUUGUUUAAAGUUGGUGGAGACGUACCAAGCACGAAUUAUUUAUUUCUUGGCGAUUUUGUUGACAGAGGCUACUACAGCGUGGAGACUUUCCUACUUCUCCUAGCCCUUAAGGUUAGGUACCCAGAUAGAAUAACUCUAAUCCGCGGAAAUCACGAAAGCCGGCAAAUCACAAUGGUUUAUGGUUUUUAUGAUGAAUGUAUGAGAAAGUAUGGAUCUGCGAUGGUUUGGAAACAGUGUACAGAAAUAUUUGAUUACCUUUGUCUCUCAGCGAUUAUCGAUAACAGGAUUUUCUGCGUUCAUGGGGGCUUGUCACCAUCAAUUACAUCCCUGGACCAAAUUAGGACAAUUGACCGAAAGCAAGAAGUUCCACAUGAUGGCCCCAUGUGCGACCUAUUGUGGUCAGAUCCCGAAGACACGACGGGAUGGGGAAUGAGCCCACGGGGAGCUGGCUACCUCUUCGGUAGUGAUGUUGUCACUAGUUUCAAUCAGGUAGUCAACUUUAUUAUACUGCUACAAAUUUUGGAUUUAAAGCUUAUAUCCACCUAUCCUAUGCAUAUGAUUUCCUGCUUUAUUAUCAAUCCCUGCAACUAUUUUUAUUGCGUUACUUCCAAUUACCUUUUAUUAUGA